AUGAAGCGUGCGCAGCACGUCUGUGCUUCCAUGGGGCGGUCCAUUUUGGCAUGGCUUCUUCUGUUCACACACUUCAGUGUGUCUUCCACCAAGGAGUCCACAGAUGACCUGCGGUCCUUCUUGGACCAGCUGCACAGGAGACUUUCGGAACAGCUCGAGCUGCAAGAGCAGCAGCAGGAGAGCAGGCAAGCUUGGUGUCACAAGAACCUUCAGUUCCUUGCAGAUGAGGGCAAGCACGCUGAAGGCAUCAUCGAGAGUCUGCGUGGCACCGUUCGGAAACUGAAGAACACCAAGGAUGACAACAUCCUGCUUGUGCAGCUCACGGAGGAUGGCAACGCGACUCACGCGACAACUCAGAGCCAGGAGCUCGCCCUGCAGCUUUCUACGAAGGCGCAGCUUGCCGAAGCUCAGGAGCGGCUGAAACUUCGAGGUGUGGCUUCGUCAGCAACUCAUCGGUUGGCAGCUUCAUUGAGGCAAACCUGUGAGGCAGCGGAGAAGCGGAGCGCAUCGCAGCAGAAGGCUCUGCAAGAUCAGAUCUCCUUGCUGCGGACUUCGACCGAGGCCAUCUCUGCGGCAGAGGCGCUGCAUCGGAUUGACGAGUCGAAGGUCAGCUCGAGCCUGGGUGAGGUGAGUUUCCUUCAAAUGACAAGCGACAGUGCUGCAGAGAUUCCCGACCUCCUUUCCCUGUUCAGGAGGCCAGAGCCUUCGAACAGCGAGGACCUGGAAGAGCUGUCGCUGCCUUUCCAGUCAAGGCCGAGCGAGGCUCACAUGCAGGAGGUGCUACCCGUCAGCAUCCCAGCAGGCUUCAAGGAACCUGCCGUGAACGUGUCUCGCACACCGCAUUUCGACUGCUCCGAUGCGGCCCUCGUGACGGCAUUGCAAACCGACGGCUUUGCAGUGGUGAGGCAGGCAGCCGAGCCCGCCGACUUGUCUCGGGCAUGGGAUCUACUGUGGAAGCUGAUGUGGCAGGAGGUCGGUUGGGACCGACGUGACGCUUCCACAUGGACAGACGAGAGCCUGGCAAGGCUGGAUCCAGGAGCAUGGGCCACGGGGAUACUUUCUGCAGAUCGCAUCGGACGAAUUUGGGGAACGGACGAUCUGUUGACCUCCUUCGACGGGAUUAACAUUUUCCGGCCUUGGCAAUUCGGCUUUACCAAGACGGAAGGCGAUUGGUUCCACGUGGACCAGGGUCGUGGACGUCAAGGAUUGCAAGCCGUACAAGGGUUCGUCUCCCUUACCGAUCAGGAUGAAUUCACCGGCGGCUUGUAUGUUGUGCUUGGCUCCCAUCAGAACCACAGAUUGGCCAUCUCACCCAGCAACUUCCAGCGACUUCUACCGCCUUCCCUGGUGGAGCCCCGUGAUGGCGCAAGCCAGGAGGCUGGUCCUUUGCCGCGCCGGUGA